UGCUUUCAAAAGCUUGGGUGCGUUAAAAAAAAUCGCGCCUCAAGAGUCUCAACUUUACGACUGUUUUGAAGGCAUCGCUACUAUUUCUAUUUCUAACAGAGCUUCUUUAGCUUGUAUUCAAGAUUUGUGUCUUUGUUUUCGUUACCAUUUGUCCCAGCAGGCUAUAAAACCCCAUUCACCUCUCAAAUGACGGCCGACGGUGAAUCUUUGAGAGCAGGCAGGGCUCAGUUUGACGAAGAUAAAAAAAGUCCGCGGGGAAGUUCCCUAUAGGAAAUCCCCCAAAGACUGUGCGGGGAUAUUAUUCUGCGCCACAACCUCGACACAAGUGACAUCCUCGGUCAAUUUGUAAAGUCACAGGGCUGAUAGCGGAGGUGUCAAAUGCUGGAUUACUAAAAGACCGAUCCGUCUGUCAAACAUCUACGAAGCCAACUAUGGAUAACGUCAGUGUAAACUCCGAGAACAACGUGAAACUCCGGAGUUGCAGCACGCUGAAUACUCUGCACCAUGAGACGCUGCAGGAAGUCGAACUUCUCAACAAACAGAUUUACGUCAAGGACAAUAUUAUUGCAGAUUUAAAAGCGAGGCUGGGGAGAUAUGAGCGGAUCUACGUGGCUGUGGGAGAUAACGAGUCCGUGGUCAUGGGGCCGUCCAAGUCUUUGCUGGAGAACUUGUGUAAAGAAAUAUGCAAACUGAAACAGAAGAGGAACGACAUGGAGUUCAAGGCAUCUCGACAAACGGAGGAGAUCCAGAGGCUGAUUGUGCAGCUCGGAGAGAAGGAGCUGGAGUUGGAGAGUGUCAGGUGUCAGCCGGAGCACGAGAAGGACCGGGAGAUCCACCGGCUGCGGGCGGCCCUGGAGGAGAGGGAGCGGUCCGAGGCCACCAGAGCCGUACUCUGCACGUCCCUGGUGGAGGAGGCUGACCAGCUGCGCAGCCAGCUUGGGACCACAGUGAAGGUGUGCCAGGAGCUGCUGGCCAGGCUGGAGAAAGAUAAGAAGGGGGGAGGAGAAGUGGAGGAUGUGGCUCAGCAGCAAAAGUCUCAGGAGAUGACAGAUUCCUCUGACAUGAGUGGUGUUAACGCCCAAAUCUGUCAACUUCAACAGGAGAAUCAACAGCUAAAGCAGCGAGUGGCAUAUGUCCAAAGCCUGAAUUCUCAGUGGCAGAAGUAUGACUCCAGCAGGGAGGACUAUACCAGAGGUUUAUGUCGGAGGCUAAAGGAGACCUCUGGGCAGGGCUUGAUGCCUGGGCUUGGCUCAAUAAGCACCGGUUUGCUUCAACAGGAGAUUUCCAGGCUCAACAGCUUACUCGAGGAGAAGAUGAGCGAGUGUGCGCGGCUGAGUAGUGAAGUGGAGGAGCUGAGGAGGAACGAGAAAGAGCACAUCCAGACUCUGGAGCAGCAGGUCCUCAUCUACGCAGAUGACUUUAAGUCGGAGCGUGCCGACCGGGAGCGAGCGCAGGGCCAGAUCCAAGACCUGAAGGAGCAGAUUUAUCAGUUAAAACAGCAGCUACACAAACAGGUGAGACGACAGCCCUCAAACACUUGCAUUAUAUUCCAUAUAUUUUUUGUGUUGGCUUGUGCAAUCCUAACCGUGUACGUACAUAAUUGCCUUCAGCAGAGAAGUGGUUCCCAUGUGUCGCGUGCACGCCCGGGCCCGGGCCUGUCAGAGCUACAGUGCCCGCAAUGCUUCGUCACGUUCAGCGACACGGACACCGCAGAGUACCUGAACCAUUGUGAAGAGUGUGCCAGAAGAUAAAUGGAACAACACUCGUUUUUGGAAGAAAAAAAAAAAAAGACACUUAUCACUUGCUGACAGUAAUCGAACACUGAAGAGCAGCACUACAGGGCAGAAAAUAACCUGAGUGGAGUUUCCAAUUCGGAGAGACUUGACUACAAAUUAAACAACUGACUUGAGAUGUUUGUACAUAGUGGACCAAAACUGUACAAGCUAAAGUUCCCCUGUUGCAAGAGAAAUGAGUUGAUCAAGCUUUUCUAAGUCUGCAUUGUGAACAGUGUCAGGUUCUUAGUGUUCUCCUGUGGAAAUGCAGGAGAUUAUUGUGGUAGGGAAGUGGAUGUCAAUGCAAUAUAUCAAAUGUCAUAUACCUCAAUGUGUCAAAUUACAAACCUGUUGCACUUUCUUGACAUUUAGCCAAAAACUCAGUCGUACGAUAAGACAUUCAUGAUGCAUAAGCUUCUUAUUUUGGAUAAUGUGGUGCUAUUAGUUGUUUAUUUUCGAUUGAACUUUACAUAUUCUGUCCUGUAAAUUAUACAUUCUUAAUAAGAGAUUUAAAAUAUAUAACUAUAUUAAUAUUUAUUCAUGUUGCGUAAUGCGUAAAUAUUUGGAAAAGGUAAAGCCAUGAAAUAUUUGUUUUCUGGUACACUUUUAGGAUCAAAAAUGUUAAUGCAUUCUAACUGGAAAAAAUGUUUUAUCCAUUUUUUUUGUGACAGUGUAUGUAAAGAUUGCAUCCCAACUGACAAUAAUAUACUUAUUUUUGGAGAUCCUGUGCCGUUUCUCUUGAGCUGGCACAUUAUUUUUGUAAUAAAAUACUGUUUACUCACACUUUAUCUUAUGGUGAUUUAUAUAGCUUUAAGUAUGCCACAUUAUCACACGGUGUAUUUUAAUUCUUGACAGUCUGCAGCCUCGAGCUGUAACCACAGAUCAUAGCCUAACCACGAAAAUGUUGGCGCUACUUAAUCUAAGUCUGUGUGUGUGUGUCUGUCCAUCUGUGUCACGUGUAU